AUGGGUUUCACCGACUUCGUCUCUGAGGCUGGCCUCACCCUUGCCAACAACUACCUGGCUAGCAGGAGCUACGUCGUUGGCGAUGCUCCUUCCCAGGCCGAUGUUGUGACCUUCAAGGCCUUCUCUGGCGCCCCUGACGCUGAGAAGUACCCUCACGUUGCUCGCUGGUACAAGCAUAUUGCUUCUUUCGAGCCUGAGUUCGCCAGCCUCCCUGGUGAUGCCUCCAAGGCCUACACUGCCUAUGGCCCUGAGAGCACCGAGCUGCCCACCAACCCCAAGGACAAGCCUGCUGAGGACGACGACGACAUGGACCUCUUCGGCAGUGACGAGGAAGAGGAGGACCCUGAGGUUGUUGCCCAGCGUGAGGCUCGCCUUGCUGAGUACAAGAAGAAAAAGGAGGGCAAGGCUAAGCCUGCUGCCAAGUCCAUUGUGACUCUCGAGGUUAAGCCUUGGGAUGAUGAGACCAACCUCGAUGAGCUCCUCGAGAAUGUCAAGGCCAUUGAGAUCGAUGGUCUUGUCUGGGGUGCCUACAAGUGGGUUCCUGUUGGUUUCGGUAUCAAGAAGCUUCAGAUCAACCUUGUCGUUGAGGACGAGAAGGUUUCUCUGGACGAGCUUCAGCAGCGUAUUGAGGAGGAUGAGGACCACGUCCAGUCCACCGAUAUCGCCGCUAUGCAGAAGCUGUAA